CCCGCUCUGAACCACACUAUCUUACUAGACCUUUCAUCUUUCUCCUCAAUACUUAAACUGCCGAACUAGUUGGUUCUUGACCCGUAUGUGAGAAAUGAAGCCAUCACUUGUGCAGUUCUUGAAGGUUUUCCUUUUAUUGGCCCUCGGUAGAGUCACCAACACACAGGUGCCUGACCAAGAUGUGCUUGUGUCCCUCGGGAAACUCCCCCUUGAUGGCCAUUUCAGCUUUCACGACGUGUCAACCGCUGCAUGGGACUUUGGCAAUCUCUCUAGCUUCAUGCCAGCCGCUGUGCUUCAUCCAGGCUCAGUGGAUGACAUUGCCGCAACUGUGAGGCAUGUUUUCUUGAUGGGCGAGCACUCCACGCUCACGGUGGCGGCCCGUGGGCAUGGACACUCACUUCGAGGGCAGUCCCAGGCUGCCGGAGGGAUUGUCAUCAAAAUGGAAUCCCUGCGGAGUGUCAAAAUGCGGGUGAACUCUGGUGCAUCGCCCUAUGUUGAUGCCUCAGGAGGAGAACUCUGGAUAAAUGUCCUGCAUGAGACGUUGAAGUAUGGUCUGGCGCCGAAGUCAUGGACUGAUUAUCUCCACCUCACAAUUGGAGGCACGCUGUCGAAUGCAGGGGUCAGUGGGCAGACAUUCCGACAUGGCCCACAAAUCAGCAAUGUCAAUGAGCUAGAGAUUGUGACAGGAAGAGGAGAGAUCGUCACUUGCUCACCCGAGCAGAACUCUGAUCUCUUCCAUGCUGCUCUUGGUGGACUAGGUCAGUUUGGAAUCAUCACUAGAGCAAGGAUUGCUCUUGAGCCUGCUCCAAAAAUGGUGAGGUGGAUUAGAGUUCUCUACUCAGACUUCGCAAGCUUCACUGAGGACCAGGAGAUGCUCAUUUCAGCAGAGAGGACCUUUGAUUACAUAGAGGGCUUUGUCAUCAUCAAUAGGACAGGCAUCCUGAACAACUGGAGAUCGUCGUUCAACCCACAGGAUCCAGUGUGGGCAAGCCAGUUCGAAUCAGAUCGAAGAGUGAUCUUCUCCCUCGAGAUAACGAAGAACUACAACCCUGAAGAGGCAGAAAACAUGGAACAGGAGGUCAACAACCUACUUUCUCAACUUAGAUAUAUGCCUCUGUCACUAUUCCACACAGAUGUCACGUACAUCGAGUUCCUGGAUAGGGUGCACUCCUCUGAGGUCAAGUUGAGAGCUAAGGGCAUGUGGGAAGUCCCACACCCAUGGCUAAAUCUCAUAAUUCCAAGAAGCUCGAUCCACACAUUCGCAAGGGAGGUCUUUGGGAAAAUCCUAAAAGACAGCAGCAACGGUCCCAUAAUGAUCUACCCAGUAAAUAAAUCCAGGUAA